AUGCCAUCUGUCAACAGAAACACCACGUCUCGAUGGUAUAACAACGGAUCUGGCAAUAGCAACAUAAUAUCCGGGAUCUGUAGCCCUGUGAGAUCACAAAGGCCAUAUGAUAAUGAAAGCACAAUCUCUGGGAGAUCUAGCCUUCCAAAAUGUAUCUCAAAUGUCACGUCCCCGGGCAACAGAAAUUCAACGUCUUGGAUGUCCUGCCUAGGAACUCCCACCGCCGUGCGUUGUGAAUCUCCUGUACCGUCAACGAACAGCUCUCACACCUCUUUAUUUCACUUACCACCAUUUAAAAAGUGUGCCACAACAAGUUUCAAAUGGAAUGAUUUAGAUGGCUCGGAAGCAUGCAAGGAAUUGUCCAGAAUCUAUGACGACGUUGUCUUUUGGAGAAAAAAUCUGUUCCUUGUACCUUCAGGACGAGUUGGAAAAGAUUUUGUUUCUGAAAUGUGUAAUCUUUUACAAGCAUAUAGCAAUGCAACAGCUAUGGAAGUUAUUGCACUGAAAGCUUUCGUUGUCUUGCAAGUCCUGUUGUUGCAAAAGCCGAGUGCAAAAUCAAAGAGCAGGGAUCACGUCCAUCACCUCCAGCGUCGGCUGAACUUGUGGAAGGAAGGAAGAUUUGAUGAGUUGUUUAGGGAAGGAAAAGCUAUACAGCAGCGCCUAGAGUCAUCAAAGAAACCCCCUUCAAAUCAACAGAUUAAACGAAUAUUCAGUCGCCUAAUGGUUCAAGGCAAGGUGAACGCUGCUCUUAGAUAUUUGUCAGACAAUACCAAUGGAGGAAUCUUGGCAAUGGAUGAAAUAGUGGAAGGGUCUGAUGGUCAAACUGCCAUGAAUGUUCUCAAAGAAAAGCACCCAGCCUCGCAACCAACACCAAACUCGGCACUUCUUCAAGGACCAGUCAAUGACAUACCAGCAGUUAUAUUUGACCAGAUUGAUGGAGAUGCCAUCAAACGAGCAGCUCUAUGA